GAAGCAAUAACAAUCCUUCUUGCAAGUUCUACUGCAGUUAUUCCAACGCAGAUAAUUCCAGAGAAUUGGCCGGACGAUAUGAUGCAAUGUUGCUUAGUGUGUCAUAUACCCGGAUAUGAUGGUAGUAUAAUAACAACCGCAGGCAUCACCUUUCAACGUAAACACAGCGUAUACAUAUCUACCGCAACAGUUUCCUUGGAGCUCCUGGCAUGGAGAAAUGAUCACCGGGAUUUACGUGAUAAAUAGCGGAUAAAAACAUUUAAGUUAAAUUCAAGGCAUCUUGAAAAAUACCUUCUUUCUUUAUUAUACCGUCUACAAUGAUUCUAGGCUCUGUAUCCAGCAAAUUUUCUGCCCAGAUUUUGCCGCGGACCGUGACUUCGGUCUGCGGUCCACACUGGUGGAGUGGCGGAGGAGGACUGGCGACUGCUGGAGUCACAAACACCGGUGAACGGAAAGCUGGACAUCGCCUGUCCAAUAUUGUGUCAGAGAAUAGGCCAGCUAGAUUUUCGAUAUUUAGUUGUAAUAUCUCUCCAUUUAAUCAUGCUGAGUCAUAUUCACUCGUAAAGGCCUGCCAGCAAUGUCACAGCAUAUCUCCUGUCCAGGUGAAUCGCUACACUACACAAUCACCAGGAGCUGAUGGUGAAGUGAAGUCUAAUCCUUCUCCACAUUUCAAGACCCGCAAGAAUCUUGCAGAAAAAAGUGGCAAAGCAUCAACUGAAGAUAUCCAAGCAAAAGAUGUUAGACCUGGCAGCCAUGAUUAUUUAAUGCCCCACCCUAUCUGGUCUGAGGAAGAACUUGAUGCUGUACAGAUCACUCAUAAUCCACCCAAAGAAAAGGUUGACAAGGCAGCCUACUGGGCGUGCAAAGCGCUCCGUACAAAUUUUGACCUUUUUUCUGGGUUCACCUGGGGCAAGCGAACAGAAAGGAAAUGGAUCUAUCGUAUCAUAUUCCUGGAAACUGUAGCAGGAGUUCCUGGUAUGGUGGCAGCUAUGUCAAGACAUCUUCGCUCCUUAAGAAGGAUGCAGAGAGACCAUGGCUGGAUUCAUACUCUAUUAGAGGAAGCUGAAAAUGAAAGAAUGCAUCUGAUGACAGCUCUUGAGAUCAAGCAACCAUCAAUGUUCUUUCGUUUGAUGGUGUUAGGGGCACAAGGUAUCUUUGUGAACAUGUUCUUCAUCUCAUACCUGAUAAGUCCAAAGUUCUGCCAUCGAUUUGUAGGUUACCUUGAGGAGGAAGCUGUCAUUACUUACACUAAGCUUCUCAAGGAUUUAAGAGAAGAUGCUUUGCCAAAGUGGAAAGAUAAGAUAGCACCAGAGAUUUCCAUUAAUUAUUGGAAGUUACGACCUGAUGCAGAUUAUAUUGAUCUGUUCCGAGCCAUCCGUGCUGAUGAAGCCCACCAUCGUGAGGUCAACCACACCUUGAGUGAUAUCAAACCAGAUGAACCAAAUCCAUAUGGACCAGGAAAGUAAAAAGAAGAUGACUAGAUAUUUUAAAGAUACCUGGGCAUUUUCAUUUAACUUGUUAUGAAAAGUUUGCAGUAAUAUAAGCUACUGAAAUCGUUAUCUAGCUGAUAGUUAACUGUUAUAAGAAUUGUCAUUUGUUAUUAUAACAAGUCUUGAACAGAACCCAAGUCCAAUAACAGGUGAAAGAUGGUGCUUAGGAUAUAUAACUACAUUAGAAUGAAAGAAACUACAUGGUCAGUACUUUAUUUGAAGUAUUGUUAUUCUUUUAACGAAAGUCAUUCUGAAAAUGAUUAAAAAUAAUUUUCAAAAAGUUAUUUGUGUUACGACUGUGUCUUUGAAAUAUUCACUCACCUAUAGAAACAAUGACGUUUCUAACAAUAUGGCAUGCUUGUGAUACUAAAUGCAGACUACUUAUUAACAAUUGCUAUGGGAUCGUUUGAAUGGUUUGCUGGAAAUAAAUCAUGAGUUGUAAGCCAGAUGGCCUCUCAGUGGUAAUUUAUAUGAUUGUUUGGCAAUCAUGGUAUAUAAUUUAUCUAUUUUAUGCCAAUAUUCCUUUUGUUCAUUUGCAUUAGAAUGUUAUGUUUUGGGUAUUUCAUAAAGUUUGUCCAACCUUAUCCUAAAAAGAUCUCUCUCUGUUCUCUAACUCAUAUGAAAGGUUGCAAUAAUUUCAAAUUAUCAUUGCUUCAGCAGUUUAUGAAAUAAAGAAAAAAUGUGAAAAUGUUGGUGAGGCAUACAUGUACAAAAAGGUUAAUAUUUUGAAUUUCCCUUCUAUGUCUCAAAGAGUUAUAUAAGUUUUAAAACUAAACUAAUAUCAUUUUACAUGUAUCUUGUACUUCAUGCAUCCAAAAUGGUAAUGAAAAUAUUCCAGGGAUUCCUUGAAUGCUAAUAUGCAAUAUAAGGUGCUACAUAUCUUGAACAUCCUAAACUUUACAUAGCCAUUCACCCGAUAGCCUUUUCUGUCAAA